CCCAGCAAUGGGAACAGCCGGGUGGGCCCUUUCCACUCUUUUACAUAGACUUGACAACCCCACCUCGUUUUCGUAGCACCACCCUCAACAAUGUCAAACACACAACCACAGUGUGCUUGCUCAGCCUUCUUUGAAACAGAAACUAACCUACGCGAGCAUCUCGAAGAAUAUCGAUCCCGCGAACAGCGCCUACAAGCCGAAAUCGAGCGGUGCCGAACCCAUUCGAGGGCCAAUGGCGAUGAUUGUCGAGGCGGGAACGACGACGAUCAAGGCGAACACGAUUAUAAACAAAAUAUUUUUGACAAAGAUACCGAAAAUCCUAUUGGCACCCUGCAGAAGACUGGAGCUUCCAAUGGGCAUUUCUGUCCAUCAUGUAAACGAGCGAAGCCAUUUCCGAAAAUGCAGGGACUCCGGCGGCAUUUCCAACAACAUGUCACAUGUGAGGAAGUGUGCGUGUGUUGUUUUAAAGUUUUCAGGCUCGUGAGCGAGUUUAUUAGACAUGCCGAUAGACAUGAUGGAGCAUGCGACAGAAAACGGGCAUUUAUCAAGAAAACAUGCGAUGAAUUACGCGAACAAUCCGACAAACAGCUAGCUCUUGCAAUGAGCCAUUGUGGGUCUGGAGUUGUCGUGGGAAAGAAACGGAGUUGGGAGAUGACAGGUUUGGGCACCGAUAUUUCGGGAGCUCGAGGCGAGUUCCACAGGAUUGGUAUGAUGGCUUUGGACCAGAAUCUUCGCCAAAUCAAUGAGGGUGACAGUCUUCGCCAGCUCGGCUCAGCUCGUACUGAACUACCUGCACCCCUGAUCCCGAUGCAGUCACCAAGAACAUUACCUCGGCUGGCCACCAUAGCCGAUUCCGUUCAUCCUAGCAGCCCUCCGAACGUGUCAACGGAGGAAAUUUACUUCAACUACGGUGAAGGGCAAACCCAAGGCCUUGACUUGCUACAAGAUUUUGACGCUCCUAUCCUUCAGAUUAUGAACAGUGUCCCAGCAUUGACGACUGGAUGGGCGGCACAAGACAAUAUUUUAGAUAUGACCACGGAAGUUGCAGCCUACCAUGAACAAUGAGGGCUAUUUCUCUGCGUUUCCACCUGAGCCCUCAAACGUGAAGUUCAAUCCAAUUUUUGCGCUCAGCAUUUCUAGGUCUCUGACUUUAUGUUCCAGCCCCUUUGAGUAUGGAAGGGUCAUUUUCGCCCAGUUGGCGAUCACUUCAUCUGUGGCAAAUAGAAACGUAAUGGCAUAUCCUUGCUCGAUCUUGAAACCGAGUCUAGCAUCCAGAAUCACCCUACAGC